AUGAUCGCAUUCGAAGUGGAGCGAAAAUCUUUCGAGAAGGAAAAAGAGUUUUUAAGAAAUCAGAUGACAGCAGAAGAGAAAAAAAUUCAAGAUCUGAAACAAUCACAGCUGAACGAGCACGCAAAAUUGCUGAAAGAGCUUGAAGAUGAGCGCUUAAAGCUACAAGAAGAAAAAGCCCGUGUGGAAAUUGCAAAGACAUUACAAUCGAGACAUUCUGACGACUCAGGACUUUCUCGAGCUGAAAUUGAUGCUGCUGUCAAAUACGCUGAAGAAGCUGCAAGUGAAUCAGAGAAACAACGACAACGUUUCAUUGAAAUGCAACGACUCUAUGAGAUUAAACGACAUGAAUUGAUGGACCAAGAAAAUUCCCUUCGAGUCAAACAAUCUGAGUUGGAAAAUUCAAUUUUCAAGAUGAAACAGAGAGAAAAGCAAGCUGAACAAUCCGUGAAGCAAACAAAGAAAACCGAACUUAUGUUGAUGGCAAAAUAUCAGUCGUUGCAAAAGUAUACAAUGGAAUUAUCGGAACGUGAAACGAAAAUUGCUAAAGAACGUCUGGAUGUGAAUCAGGAAAAGUUGGAUUUGCAAUCACAACGGAGGAAACUUUUUGAGACUCGAUGUAGUUUGUGUAAAAUUGGCGAAAAAGCGGACGAAUUGAAGGGAAUAAUCUUGAAGAAUCCAACGGAUUUCGAUGAUAUCAACAGUGCCAAUAACGAGAAGUUGAAUUUGGAAAACUUUAGCUCAACAUCAGAAAACUUUGAGACACUUUUUAAUCAAGAGUUACAGUUUUUGCCCGGAGUUGAUUUGGAAAAUGUGCCAAACAUAGCCGACAUGAGUGACGACUACCUUGAUUCAGACCUGCUUAUGCUGAAGUUUGACAUUUUAAAUUCAAACCGCAAUAAAUGA